AUGGCAUCACACGGUUUCUGGUCUCUCGGCGGAGAUAAUGCGGGGGCCAAUACCGGGAGCCAGAGCCCCAGUACGACCAGGGCUUGGUGCCAAGCGGCGGCCCAGAAAUUUCCCGGAGGAAUCGGAUCGAAAUUAUGUGCGCUGCUCAAUGUCGGGGAAGUGGAGAAACCCGCCGAGCCGGCCACCAAGCAGCCGCCGCAGACGCAGGCUGCAGGCUCCUGCGGCUGCAACAAACCAUGCAACUGCACCAAGGCUUCCGUGGGCUUCUCCGACCUCUAUUCAACAGACCUGUUACCUGCCAUGGACGGGGACACCAAAACAAUGACCUUCCUGCAGGAAGUUGUGGAUAUUUUACUUGCCUACAUCGUGGAGUCUUUCGACCGGGAAACGAAAGUUAUUGAUUUUCAUUAUCCAAACGAGCUGCUGCAGAUGAACAACUGGGAGCUGCAGGAGGAGCCGGCGACUCUGGAUGAUAUCUUGAUCAGCUGUCGCGCUACUCUGAAAUACGCCAUCAAAACAGCCCACCCCAGGUACUUCAAUCAGCUCUCUACAGGAUUAGACAUGGUUGGACUGGCAGCCGAUUGGCUAACAUCCACUGCCAACACCAAUAUGUUCACCUAUGAGGUGGCUCCUGUCUUUGUGCUGCUGGAAUACGUCAGUCUGAAGAAGAUGAGGGAGAUCAUUGGCUGGCCGGACGGGCGAGGAGAUGGCAUUUUCUCUCCUGGUGGUGCUAUUUCAAAUAUGUAUGCCAUGCUGCUGGCCCGCUUCAAGAUGUUCCCUGAAGUGAAGGAGAAAGGAAUGUCAUCUGUUCCCAGACUGGUGGCCUUCACGUCCGAACAUAGCCAUUUUUCAAUCAAAAAAGGUGCAGCAGCUCUUGGCAUUGGGACAGAAAGUGUGAUCUGCAUCAAAGCAGAUGAAAGUGGUAAACUUAUCCCAGCUGACCUUGAGAGGAGAAUACUGGAGGCGAAGCAGAAGGGUUUUGUACCUUUCUUUGUGAGCGCUACUGCUGGAACAACUGUGUACGGAGCAUUUGACCCUCUCAUCGCCAUUUCUGACAUCUGCAAAAAGUACAACAUCUGGAUGCACGUGGAUGGUGCGUGGGGAGGAAGUCUCCUCAUGUCCAGGAGACACAGGUGGAAGCUGGACGGAGUUGAGAGGGCCAAUUCGGUAACAUGGAACCCACACAAGAUGAUGUCCGUCCCUCUGCAGUGUUCGGCCCUGCUAGUCAGAGAGGAGGGUCUGAUGCAGAACUGCAACCAGAUGCACGCCUGCUACCUGUUCCAGCAGGACAAACACUACGACCUUUCCUACGACACCGGAGACAAGGCGCUGCAGUGUGGACGCCACGUGGACAUCUUCAAGCUGUGGCUCAUGUGGAGAGCUAAGGGCACUAUUGGGUUUGAGGCUCAGAUUGACAAGUGCUUGGAGCUGUCUGAGUACCUCUACAACAAGAUCAAAGACAGAGAAGGAUACGAGAUGGUCUUUGACGGGAAACCUCAGCACACCAACGUCUGCUUCUGGUACCUCCCUCCUGGGAUCCGCUACAUGGAGGACAAAGAGGAGAGAAAGAAACACUUGCACAAGGUGGCUCCAGUAAUAAAGGCCAGGAUGAUGGAGUACGGGACAACCAUGGUUAGCUACCAGCCACAAGGGGACAAGGUCAACUUUUUCCGCAUGGUGAUCUCAAAUCCUGCUGCUACCUUCGAGGACAUCGACUUUCUUAUUGAGGAGAUUGAACGACUCGGCCAAGAUCUAUAAGACUCAUCUCACCAAAUCCUCUUUUACUGUCCCUCCUUGACGGAUGAAUUGUUUGUCGUGAAUGUACUGGUAAACCUUUUCUUUUCUCUCUCUUUCCUCCAAAGUCACAUAUUUAAGAGUAUAUUUGAGAAAAAAGAUACGCCAAUAUAUCCAUAUAUUAUGUAUUGUAGCUUUGCCGUGGACUUGCUUGGUCCAAAGCUAUGUAAAAGUGCUUCUGUCUGCCUCUCCUAUAGUGUAGUAGAUCCCAGAGUAGUGUAAGUGAUGUAACUUUAUAUGUACUGUGUGAAAUGAAACGCUUGUGCAAUAAG